UCUCUAUACUAUUACUCUAGCUCUCUCUUUUGCCAUCGUGCAUCAUCACACACCCAAUAUUUUGCCAGAACCAUCAGGACGCUUCCUUUCACUACAAGUCGGCAGUUAAUAUUUUGUUUUGCUUUUUCCCCUUUUCAUUUCCUCCGAAGAAAGAAAAAAAAAAGAAAGGUGUAAAAUAAGACGAAUUUAACAGCCGCCCAGAUCAAUAUUAUUGUUUGGUUCAUUCCUCGGCAAAUUAACCUCAAAGAUAGGGAACGAAACCAAACCCGAACCAACAACAUUAACCUACCACCUUCACACACCAUUUCGGCCGGUUCCUUCUGUGUCUUUUAUUCUCCCGGUUACACAAUUAAUUCCAAUUAAACUAAUCAAACCAAACUUGUCAACAGACAGCAACACACAUGCUGAACAGAAUAUAUUUAGAAGGCAUCUUUAAAAAACACAACAUCGACAUUUUUCCAGAAAGGAUUAAUGUGAAAACCAACAAAGGCCGUGCUUGUUAAAUCGACAAGAAACGAUUAAGCCUUGUUGUCUAUCUCUAAAUCACUGCAUGCUGUUGUUGUUGUUGUCGUAGCAGUCGUCCUCUCCGCCACAUUUGGACUCAGUGAUGUUACCCGACCGCCAGCCCGUCGCCUCUUCUUGCUGCUGCUGUUGCUGCUACUGCUGUUGCUGCGUUCACCCCUGUCUGGCAGACUAGUUCAUUGUGUGGUGGGUGGGGGGGUACUUGUAAAAUGUCCUGUAGAGCGCCCAUUCUAGGACUGCUACCACUACAGACACAGCUACUACUACUACCACCACACCACCAGCAGCAGCAGCAGCAACAACAACAACACCAACAACGUCGCCGCCGCCGCCGCCACCACUGUGACUGCCACUGCCGCCGUCGACGCCACCACCACCACUGCUACUACUACUACUACAACAACACCACCACCAACAACAACAACAACUACACCCACCUGCACUGCCACCACCACCACCACCACCACCGACUGCACCACCACCACCACUGUCCUUGCUGGCGGUGUUGCACAACCCCGCCUCCUUACCCCCCUCCUGUUGCUCCUGUCAAUCACCUCCCUCCCUGUCUUUGUCAUAGUGUUUGUCACAGUCACUCUGUUAUUACAUAGCUAGGCCUCGUCCCCACCACCACCACCACCUAUAGUACUCUUAUUACUGCUGAUAUUACUGAAAAAACUCCUGUCUGGGACAUUACUGCUGGCCGCAUAGGUUGCACCACCACCACCACCGCCCCACCAUCAUUGCCUCCCACCACCACCACCAAGUGGUGAGGAGGUGACAUUGGUGUUUUGUUCUUUCACACACACACACACACACACACACUGUAUGUCCAACUGACACACGGAGAUUUCAACCAGUUCCACGCUCCACCCCUCCACACCAUAAAGCAACAAGCUAACCCUCCCCUGCUGUUUCCUUAAAAUAUCCAACCAACCAACCAACGAACCAGUCAGUUGAGGAAAGGAACUCAACCACCUGACCGACCGACCGACCAACCAACCCUUAAUUAUUUGUCUUGGAGGGGCUACAGCUCACCACCGAUUGGCUUACCGGAUGAGAGCAAGACUGAAGAAUGUUGUUCUUUUGCUGGUCAUGGUCUUCAUUUUGCCCAUAUUCUUCAUGGUGACCCGACCAGCAUGUGAACAAAUUGCUCUGAACUAUACGGCUAACAUUUACGAGAACAAUAAAUUGAAUGGUCAAUAUGAAGCAUUAUUGGAAAAAAGGUUUGCUGAACUGCAUGCACGGCUGAAGUUUGCUGAGUCUCUGAACAAGCAGAGAAAAAAUGAUAUUCACAUCCUGCGUAGUCAGUUCACGUACCUCUUGCAGUCCGUACUUCACAGCAAUGUUUCAAACAAGUCAGUCCUAAUCGAGAAGUUUCCAAGUGAUCUCCAAACAGCUCUAGUCAACUUCACUGACCUUUAUGGACAGUCCUCCAUCCAUUUACCUAGCCUUUUCACCUAUCUCCCUCAUCUGUCUCACAAUCCGAAUGGCAUGAGACCAGCCUAUAAAUUGUCUCGCAACCGCUUUGGAGUUUCUAUGGUGUUUGGCAUUCCGACGAUAAAGCGAGACAGAGUCAGUUACCUGCGUCGAACGUUGCAUUCACUGAUUGAUGGACUUAACGAAGAAGAGAGAGAGGACUGUCUAAUUAUUGUGUUCGUGGCUGAGCCAUGGAACCUACAAUAUGUCAAGCAAGUUGGAGAUCAAAUUUACAAAGAGUUCCACUCUAGUGUGGACAGUGGUCUUUUGGAAGUGAUCAGUUCUCCACCUGAAUUUUACCCGAAUUUAGACAAUUUAAAGAGAACACUUGGAGAUUCCCAAGACAGAGUUCGAUGGAGAACGAAGCAAAACUUAGAUUUCUCUUUCCUCAUGCUCUACGCUAAAAGUAAAGGUGUUUUUUAUGCACAGCUUGAAGAUGAUGUGAUAUCAAAACCUGGUUAUUUUUCAAUAAUGAAAACCUUCACCCAACAACAAAAGUAUGUGGAAUGGUUUGUCCUGGAAUUCUCCACAUUGGGAUUCAUUGGAAAAUUAUUUAAAUCCAGUGAGCUGCCAAUUUUGGUGGAAUUUUUCCUGAUGUUUCACACAAGCCAACCCAUAGACUGGUUGCUCGACGACUUCCUCACGGUGAAGAUAUGUAAUCCAGAUAAAGAUAGAAAACAUUGUGUCCGGAUGAAGGAAGAAGUGCGUAGAAGAUACAAACCAUCUCUCUUUCAACAUAUUGGAAUUCAGUCUUCUUUGAAGGGUAAAAUUCAGAAGUUACAAGACAAAUAUUUUGGUAAGGACGGUCUCUACCGUGCUCAUAUCAACCCACAUGCAGUGGUCAGUACCUCAUUGAAAACCUACCAACAGUUCACAUUACAAAAAGCCUACUUGGGAGAGACAAUCUUCUGGGGUAUGAGCCCACUGCCUAAAGAUAUGGUCAAGUUUGAGUUUACACCACCCGUAGUUCUGGAAAGCUUUAAAUUCCGUAGUGGAAAUUCAGAGCACCCAGGAGACAAGUUUUUUGACACCGUUGUGGAAAUACUCCCAGUAACCCAUGAACACACGAAAGAUGGAACGCCGUAUCCAAUACUUAACCAUGGUUAUUACCAAGUAGCCCGCUUCAAAGCUGAUGGUGUCGCUGAAGGUACAAUCAAAGACAAUAUCGGUCCCAUCAAGAUUCUUCGACUCCACUGCCAAGUCAAAAGUGAUAGCUGGGCAAUACUGAGUGAAAUUUAUAUUAAAGCGAAGACAAGCUGAUUGUUACAGUUAUUGUUGUUGUUCUUGUUAUUCUUGCUGUCAAAAAAAAAAAACAAUAAAAAUGAAAACAAAAAAAAAAUAGCAGACAUCAACCAACUUUACCCAAAGACAGAA